AUGAAGACAACAAGAAGCUUUGCCCUUCUUGGGCUUGUGCUUCUCAGCUGCCUUUCUGACAUUGUUAUCGCUCAACAACGGGCCUCCUGCGGCAUGUACCAGUUUUCUGGAAAAACGCAGCUUGCCUGUCCCCGCGACUACGAACCCGUCUGCGGGACCGACAGCGUGACCUACCCCAACGAGUGCUCCCUCUGCAAGGAAAUGUUCCGUAACCGAGCCCUCGACAAGAAGCACGACGGAAGAUGUGUUAAGCUCGACUGUACUGGCUACCUGAAAUCAAGCAGCGGUGGUGCGAUGCCCUGCACCCUGGAGUACAUGCCCAUCUGCGGCACCAACGGGGUUACCUACAAAAACACAUGCAACUUCUGCAAUGCUGUGGCGAAUGGACUGGACAUAGACCUGCGCAAUAUUGGAGAAUGCUCCCAGCAACGAAUUGACUGCAACGAACAGAAGGGUAGCAAUCUCUUUUGCACCGCCGACUAUAACCCCCUUUGUGGCUCCGAUGGCAGAACUUACGGAAACAAGUGCCAGUUCUGCAGGGCAGUUUCGCGGAGCCGCGGCGUUCUGUUCCUCAAACACAGUGGCGAGUGCUGA